GCGAAUCUUUUGGUUUCCCAUGGGUUUUCCGAAGAUCGUGCUGGACAGUUGGCCUUUUUGGAUUUCCAAAAUGUGCCAUAAAAGUGGGGAGAAUCCACCUCGACUGCGGCCCCGCUAGAGGUGCUGGUGUGCUACCUUGUCAGUCGCCUCCUCAACUGACAGCGGGGCAUUUUGCUUUUCAGUCGAGAAAUUUCUUUUGUCGAAAAAACUUCCUUCCGCAGUGCGAUAAAAUGUGAAUUUUGUGCUUCUGCCGCGACCCAAGGGACAAUGUAACUGAGUGACUUUGUGUUCAAUCAGCAGGAAUCUAUUUGCGAGUUAAUUUCAACACAAGACUCAUCGUCAAUUGCAAGAGGCGCAAUCAUGGAGGGUGAUAAUGCAAAGUUGGCCGCAGAGAUGUUCGAUCAUUUCUGCGGUGUCACAACGAUGCGACAGGUCAUGGGGCUCCAUCGGAACAUGCUGGACGCCGUGGGCCUGCGACCGGGGCCCCUCAACGACUUCUAUCCGAAGCUCAAGGCGAAGAUACGCAAUUGGAAGGCUCAGGCGCUGUGGAAGAAGUUCGACGCUCGCGCGGCCCAUCGUGUGUACAACAAGGGCACAGCGUGCAGUGGAAUCCGGGUGCUUGUGAUCGGAGCGGGUCCUUGUGGCCUCCGUACGGCGAUUGAAGCCCAACUGCUGGGAGCCAAAGUGGUGGUUGUGGAGAAACGCGACAGAAUAUCGCGCAACAAUGUGCUUCAUUUGUGGCCUUUUGUCAUAACGGAUUUGAGAAAUUUGGGCGCCAAGAAGUUCUACGGCAAAUUCUGUGCCGGCUCCAUCGAUCACAUUUCCAUUAGGCAGCUACAAUGCAUACUGCUGAAGGUCGCCCUUCUGUUGGGCGUCGAAGUGCACGAGGGAGUGUCGUUUGUCAAUCUAAUCGAGCCAAGAGAUGGUUGUGGUUGGCGCGCCCAAGUCAGCCCCGAGGACCAUGCAGUUUCACACUAUGAAUUCGAUGCACUAAUCGGCGCGGAUGGCAAACGUAAUACACUGGAGGGUUUCGUCCGGAAGGAGUUUCGUGGGAAAUUAGCAAUUGCUAUUACGGCAAAUUUCAUCAAUAAGCGAACAGAGGCGGAAGCAAAGGUGGAAGAAAUUAGUGGUGUGGCCUUCAUAUUCAAUCAAUCCUUCUUCAAGGAAUUAUACUAUCGAACUGGUAUUGAUUUGGAGAAUAUUGUUUACUACAAGGAUGAAACUCACUAUUUUGUGAUGACGGCAAAGAAAAUGAGUCUCAUCGAUAAGGGUGUGAUUAUGCAGGAUUCGGCCGAUCCGGCUGAAUUGCUGGCACCGUCGAAUGUUAACACAGACAAAUUGCUCGAUUAUGCUCGCGAGGCGGCUGAAUUUUCUACGAAAUAUCAAAUGCCUAAUUUGGAAUUUGCUGUGAAUCACUACGGGAAGCCAGAUGUGGCGAUGUUUGACUUCACGUCCAUGUUCCAGGCGGAAAAUUCUAGUCGUAUUUCCGUGCGGAAGAAUUACCGAUUGCUGCAGUGUCUUGUGGGUGAUAGCCUUCUUGAGCCAUUUUGGCCUACGGGAUCGGGCUGUGCGCGUGGAUUUCUCUCCAGCAUGGAUGCAGCCUAUGCGAUCAAGUUGUUCGCUAGUCCACGCAACAGCUGCCUAGCCGUGUUGGCGCAGAGGGAGAGCCUAUAUCGUCUGCUGGGUCAGACGACGCCUGAGAACCUCAACCGGGAUAUUAUGGCCUACACACUCGACCCCUCGACGAGGUAUCCCAACUUGAAUAAGACUCUGGUUCAAGUGCAACAGGUGGAGAUGCUCCUAGACUCGGAUGACACAGCUAUCUAUCAGCAGACCUUCAUGGAUACAAACACCAUUUCCGCCGUUCCAGAUGCCCCAGUGCGAAGAAAGCGACGAACUGGGGACACAACUCCACUGGGCAUGGUUUUGCUGCGCUGGAUAAAGUCCCAGCUGAAGGGAUACGAGUUCUCUAACAAUUUGACGGACGUUGCUCAAUGUUUCACGCAUGGAAAGGUCUUGUGUGCUCUUAUUCAUCGCUAUCGCCCCGAUUUGGUGGACUUCAACUCUCUCGAUGAUUUCUCGGCUGAACAGUGUAACGCCAGAGCUUUCGAUAUUCUGGAGAAUGACUUGGGAAUACCACGUGUUAUGCAGCCUUAUGAGUCCGUCAGUAUUGAGAAGAUUGAGUCGAAGAUAUGGCUUAACUACUUGGAGCAAAUUUGCGAGCUGUUUCGUGGUGAAAUACCUCAUGUUAAGCAUCCGAAACUGGAUUUUGCUGAGCUGAAGGAGAAACAGAGAAGCAAUAUUCCUGACUUCUCCAAUUUGGUGAAGUCAUCCGGAAAGAGAAAUGUUGUGGAGGCGGAAGCAAUCAACCGACGAAUUGUGCUGGACGAAGAGCGCAAUAAGAAUCGAUCGAGGCGAUUGAAUUACGAACAGAUGCAGGCUGUGCAAACAUCAGAGGGUCCGAGGAGAGCGAAGAAGAGGCGAAGUCAUGAGAAAUUUCAGAAUGUGGAAGAACAGAAGAAGCGUCUGGAAGAGAUACAAAAUAAUCGAAUGGAGCGUCAGAGUAAGAGACGAUUACAACGUGCUCGGCAGACUGAAAAUUUCUACAAGAGUUUACAUAUGCUACAAUUUAAUAGUUUCCUCCGUGAUACUGAUAGUUCAACACCCUUUGAAGACUACUCUCUCUAUGUCUAUCGACAACAAGCUCCUGACUUUACUGAUCGUGUGAAAGAUCUCGAGAGGAAAUUGUUAUAUCCCGACCGAGAGAGGGGCUUUUACUCAGCCCUGCCACGUGGUGCUCCAGAUGAGAAGUUCAGCAAUCGCAUCAAGUCAAUGGAGUCGAAGAUUGUGGGGAAGAAUUCGGGAGUAGGUGACAAAAAGCCCAAAGACCUGCUGCGUGCCAUUGGGAAGAUUGAGAGUGACGAUUGGAAUGUGCGAGAGAUUGAGAAGAAGAUUGAGCAGUCGAAGAAGGCGGAAGUGGGCAAGAGUCGCGAGAAAGUGCCCAAGUGGAGUCGGGAGCAAUUUCUGGCGCGUCAGAGCAAGAUGGCGAAGCCCAUCGAUCGUCAGGUGUCAAUUGAUGAGAAGUUCAAGGAGAUCGACAUGACCAUCAAGUCACUGGACAAGCAGUUGAAGGAGGGACACAAUCUGGACAGGGGCGAGCGUGGUAGAAACAAAGUGGCUUCGAUUGCAGGGCAAUUCGGCAAGAAGACAGCAGAGGGUCCGUCUGAGGAGAAGGCAGGAUCGAAGUCUCUGAUGAAUUCGAAACUCGGACUGGUGCUCACAUCUCAGGGAGUGUCGGAAAUUUGUCACUUCUGUAAGCAAAAGGUGUAUCUCAUGGAGAAAAUCUCCGCGGAGGGACUGGUUUUGCACAGAUCAUGCCUCAAGUGUCAUCACUGUCACACAAAUCUGCGACUCGGUGGAUAUGCUUUCGAUCGCGAUAGCCCUGAUGGUCUUUUUUACUGCAAUCAACACUUUAAAUUACCACCAAAACCAUACAAACCGGUCACAAAGAGACAACCUCAAUUUCCGGUAAUUAUACUCUAUAUAUUUUUGUUUUCACACUUUUCACUAAAUGAGAGCAUUUUUUUGUGUUUUGUACAGAAACACGAGGAAAUCGCUGCAAAAACCUCUCGUAUUUCCCCGGAAAAGGCAUCUCGGGCUGAAAACAUCGUGGCAAUGGAUUUACUGGAUCGCGGUCAAACACCUGAGCGGAUAGAGUUUGAGAAUACUGAUGCCAUGUCUGAUGGAGAACGCUCACUGAACAAUAUAAUUGAUGAGAAUGAGUGGACAGACAGGAACUUUGGCACGGGAACUGAUGAAACGGACUCUGAUCUCUCCAGUUCUGAUUCGUCAGACUCCGAGACGGAUUCUGAUCUGUACGAGGAGGCGAUAGAUUCACCGUUGGGCGCAGAGACGCUGCAAUUGGCAACGGAUUGGAUUGGAAAGCAGAGGAUAUGCUCGCUUCAGGACAGCGAUGGUGAUGAAUUCUAUGAUUCGAGUGAGGAUGACGAUGUGGACACGCAGACCGAAGGAGAGGAAUUGGCGAGAGCACGCGAGAUUCGAAUGCAGGAGGUGAAACUCCAGCCACCUAUUUAUCCAGCAACAGACACCGAAACUGAGGUUCAAUCGGAUUCCGAGUCAUCUUCAGUGGAAAUGGAACCAAAUUCGGCAACUGAGAUCUCCACUGAUUCAGAGUUUGAUCAUGAUCCCGUUUCGAAAACCCCUCCUCAGAUAAUCAUCGACGAUACGUUCUUGAGGCGCCCUACGCGUGUUCAUAUUCGACAGGGAAUGAUUUCGAAUGGUCUGCGAAAUCAGCACGUGACAAAGAGGAGUGGUGGAGAUGACAAGCUGAGUGAAUUGAGUAAAAUUGAGAUGGAUAUAAAGCCUCUGGUUCAGGUGGAUCCAUCUGUUCUGGCGAGCACCAAUCGCACACCUCUUCGCAAUCCUCGUCCUGGGGAUUACAUGCUGAACAAAGCACCCAGCACUGAGGGCAUCGCGUCCAAGAAGAGCCUAGAGCUGAAGAAACGCUACUUGCUCGGAGAAUCGGGCAGUACGGGACUAAUGAAGUCCGGCUCAACGUCCGUGCUGGACUCUACCUUUAAGAAUUUCCAUUCCAAUAUAUCGCAAUGUCAGAAGUUGCUGAAUCCCGGCUCAGAUAUCAGUCCGACUAUGCAGAUGUUUCUUAAGCAAACCAAUAGACUGAGUGGUGGGAAAGAGGAUAAGAAAGAAGUGGAAUCAAACAGGAUCAACGAGAAGAUCAAUGUGUAUGGGAUGAACAACAAUCUGAGAGAUAUUGCCGAGAAGAGAAUCGAUGAGGAGCACGGAACGCCAACGGAAACGAUAAACACUGCUUUGGUGGAGAAUAAAUUCAAGGAUUUUAUUAGCAACAAACACACUGAUCCGAAGGAAAUUCCAAUAGUUGAUCUCACCAAUGUUGAUCUGCCGGCGGAUAUGAUCAAGGCGAAUCAAGAGUUUAUCGAGAAGCUGGAGUGCAGUGAAGAUGUGGAGAAUAACAAAGUGAUAGAUGUGAUCGAUCUCACCAUCGAGGCCACUCCCAUGAGAUUUGAUUCUGUGAUGAUUGUGGAGAAGAGGGACGAGCAGGUUGUUCCGGAGUCCCUAUCGUCGGUUAAGAGCAAGAUUGAGGCUGACAAGUCAGCAAUAGAUUCUCUUCUGCGACAGAGAGACACGAAUGAUGUGCAGGAGACAACAAUUCAAGUGCCUAUCUUGAAUUCCUGGGAACCGAAGAAGAAGCCUAAAUCGGAUUCCGAUGUGGAGUCAGACAGUCUGUCGAAUUCCUCAAGCACAUCGAGUCUGGAGGAGAUUCCGCACUACAUUCUUGACUCCACAACGAGUCCCGAUACUCAAGCCAAUGAACGCUUUGUGCCGCGGCUGGAGGUGAGGGACACCACGGGGGAGUUGAUGCAGAUCGACAGUCUGAUGAUUGUUGAUGGGAAGUACAUUGGUGAUCCAGAGGAUUUGAAAUUGCUAGAGAAAUUGCCUGAAAUUCAGGCGCCUGUAGAGCAGAGUCGACCACAGAGUGCGAGUGAAUGUGAUAUUAGUUGCAAUAGUGAGACAAAUAAGAGGAGUGACGUGGGCAAAGGUAUCAGUGAAGUGCUGCGGAGGAAUGACUCAUUUAAAUUCGACACACGCAACAAGAGUAAAAUCGAGUCGUUGAAGAAUUUACCACUGAAUCUGGAGGAGUCGGCUGUGCAGAGUGAAAUUGAGUCACCCAUUGUAGACAGAGAUAAGACACCGACGGCACACUUGGCGCCCGGAUUUAUUGGCCAUUCGGACUCGGAGACAGAAGUCACGGGUCAGGUGCUCACGGAGACUGAGCUCUCCGAUUGGACGGCCGAUGAUGCUGUGUCGGAGAACUUUGUUGACAUUGAAUUUGCCUUGAAUUCUAAUAAGGGCACGAUUAAGAGGAACAAAAAGGCCAAGAAGAAGUUGCCGCCACCCGAACCGCCCGUCCAGCAACUCAGCGAUGGUGAUCUGGAGAGCAAUAUAAUGAAGAGCUUCGACAUUGACAAUAUUGAAUUCAUGGAUACAGGGUCAGAUGGAUGUGUUGAAACGUACUCCACCACCAACAAAGGGAUGCUGAGGAAUCGCGGUUAUGUGGAAUUUGUCGAUCAAAUGCCGGAGCACAUCUCCAACAGAUAUUUGCCGAGCUAUCGCAGUGACACAGGCUACUCGAGCUCAUCCCGCGUCAACAUGGGCUUCGGUAAGUCGGAAUUGAGCGCAGCGAAAGAAAUUCCCGGAGUGGAUUAUAUCGAGCAGGGCGCCUGUGUGCUCUCGUCCUCAAGUGAAGGUGAAUUGAAGACGCCUGUCAAUGAAGUGACCAAGUCCGUGUUCACAGAUACCUCGUCAUCUCAGGUGAAAACUCAGGAUUCAGAACAGCAUUCAAGUCUCAAUGAAAUAGAAGAUGAUAGUCUCGUUCUGAUUACAUCGCAAGCAACAACAACUGAAGACAGUGAAGCCCUGACUGUGGUUACCAGCCCGCUAGACUCAGCAGAUAAGAAUGCAGUUGAGCAGUCUUUCGGGGAGGCCGUGAAGGCCAUUGCAAAGGAUGAUACUCACAGAAAUACUCCCGACGAGAUGAGUUAUGAGGACUAUGUGAGAAAAUUGCAGAUGAAGAUCUCUCAAAUAAGUAAUUCUCGCGACUCGAUUGAUGUGAAAAAGUCUAAGAGGAGAUCAUCGAAGGGAGAGGCAGAUACAAGUGCUCCAGAACUCCCUUCACCUUCAAGCUACACGCCCAAAUUAAGUAUUUUUGAUGAUAAGAUAAAAGAGCCUCCGACUCUGACGAAGAAAUUGGAGGAAAUCACAAAGGAGCGAGCAAAGCAAAAGGAUCUCAUCCAUGAUCUCGUGAUGGACAAAUUGCAAACCAAGAAACAGUUAAAUGCCGAGAAGAGACUCAACAGAAGUCGAUCUCGCCAAAUGGGAAACACAAGUGGAAGUCUGGUGCUGUCUGGACUCUCCUCAUUGGACAUUCCACACUGUCAUCCAGUUUCGACGGAGAAAAGAACUCCAUCGAAGGUAUUUGAACCUCUGCAGUCACCCAGUAAAGUCCUGGAAACGACUAUUUCGUCUGCUGAGAAGCUGAAGGACAGGCCAUUGAGUGAGAAUGUGGACAGCAAAUUUGGUGGAGUUGUUCUUCCCGUGUCACCCAAGAAGCUGACAAAGACCCAAUCAUUCUGUGGCUACAGUUCUCGUUUGGUGUCAACGGAAAACGAUUUAAUUGCCGAAUCCUUCAAGACGCCAAUUCCUCCGCCUAGAAGUGGUCGUCGAAUAGAUGAAAAGACUCUUGCUCACUCUGAUAAGUUGCGCCAAGAGGCGCGUGCCAGAGCUCGCCUCAAGUCCAAUGAAGAUCUCGGCCUCAGUCCAGAGGAGAAGAUGCAGAUGCUGCGAAAGCGAUACCAACUUGAUCUCGCCGAUACGCCCAAUAAGUCCGAUGAUGCAAAGGUUCGCGAACAGAAGCUGAUGGCUUCGAAGAGUGUAAGUGAUAUUUCCACAGCUAACUCCUUUAGUCCAUUUGAAAAGAGCAUCGAUGGGAGUGACAGUGCUGGCAAGACUACGCCCAGGAAGUUUUUCAAGGGUGUCGAGUUCACGUCGGACUCCAAUUUGGUCGGAGAGGGUGUUAUGGAUGACAAGACGCCGAAUGGGAAGAAGGAGAGUCCAAAGAGGCAAAGCGAUCGCAGGUCGAGAAGCAAGGAUCCUGAACGGCGAAAAAGUAUUAUACAGACAGUAUCGGACUUUUUUCAUAAGAAAAAGGACUCGAAGGAUGCCAUCAAUCAGAUCAACAAAGAUAAAGCCGAUGGAGUAUUCGGGAUCUUCAAGCUAUCGUCUAAGAAUAAAGAGAAAUCAAAGUCGUGCUUUGAUGUACGAGAGUUAAUGAUUUCUUGUGAAAAGGAGAAUUCUCCAUCGUAUUCGGAACGAAGCAAGUCAGAGGAUUGCCUUAAGGCCGACUGGCGCAACAGGAGGAGUGAAGAUGAGUUGACACCACCACCAAUUCCUCCUCUUCCGCUCAAUUACCAGCGAUCUGACGAUGAGAGCACGUCAGUGGCAGAGAAUCGGGAGCUGAAGCGAUUGAAGGCAAUGUCAAAGGCAUCACGACAGGCGGAAUUGAAGCGACUGAGGAUUGCGCAGGAGAUUCAGCGCGAGCAGGAGGAGAUAGAAGUGCAGAUCAAGGAAUUGGAGGCACGAGGUGUCAUCAUUGAGAAAGUACUUCGAGGUGAAGGAUCCUUUGGAGAAUACUUCAACGUGAAUGAUCCCAGUGGAACCAGCGAUGAGAAAUAUCUCAAGGAAUUGCUGGAGAUAUGGCGAAAUAUAACACAAUUGAAAAAACGUGAUCAGGAACUAGGAAUUAGAGAACAAGAACUGAAACUCGAACAUCGUCAUGCUCAACUGAAGGAGCAACUUAAUAUGCGGUUGUCUUGUAGCAAAUUGGACAAGAGUUCGGCCGAUGUGGCGGCAGAGGGUGCAAUUUUGAAUGAAAUGCUUGAAAUUGUGGCCAAACGGGCGGCCCUCAGGCCAACAGAUGGGCUACCGACAACCGAUGAAAUUUGAAUUGAUCGUGACAAAUAGAAUGGAUUUCUUUUAUGAUGAGAUACAGAAAUAUUUAGCUAUUUAUUCACAUGAGACAUGUUUGAGAUGAAAAGAGCAACUAAAAAAAAAAUACAAGAUAUACACGCUGUAGGGCAAGAAAUUUUUUAUUUUAAGCAAAAAAAAAGAGGAAAUCAUUGAAAAUAUUUUAAUUAAUUAUUUUUAUUUACUGUUCUAAGAAGCCUGCCAAAAAAACAAGAGAACGUCACAAUAUAAAACAUAAACUAAUGAUGGAAAAAUGUAAUGUGUAGAGAAAGAUUCUCAUGUAGUGUCUUUAUAAGUGAUAAAAUGAAAUUCCCAGUUUGAGCACAAUGUUAAUAAAAAAAAAAUAUGCUGUCUA